AGAAUGAUUUUUAUCCUCUGUGAUGUCAAACUCUGUGGCUGCCUUAAAUAAAUUAGUUAAUCCAUCAAAUUAUAAUGUGCUUUUAAUAAUAUGUCAUCAACCCUCCGCAUCUAAGCAUUCAACCAACCAUGGGUCAAAAAUAUUUUUAAAAAUUGUGUCUGUAUAGAACAUAUGCAGACUUUUUUCCUUGUCAUUAUUCCCUAAACAGUACAGUAUAACCACUACAUGUAUAGCAUUUACAUUUUAUUAGGUAUUAUACGUAACCUAGUGAUGAUUUAAAGUAUACAGGAAGCUGGGCAAGGUGACAUGCACCUGUAGUUUCACUCACUUUGGUAGCUCCGGUGGGAAGAUUGCUUGAGCCCAGGAGUUCGAGGUGGUAGUGCCGUGAUUAUGCCUAAAUAGCCACUGCAUUGCAGCCUAGCAACAUAGUGAGACACCAUCUCUUAAAAAAAGUAUACAUGGGAAUGUGCACGUGUUUUGUGCAAAUACUGUACUAUUUUAUGUUAGGGACAUGAGCACCGAAGGAUUUUGGUAUCCAUGAGAAGGUUGGCUGGGGAGUAUCCUGGAACCAGUCUCCCAUGGAUACCAGGGGAUGAUUGUAUUCACUGAUGUUCUAGCUUUUUUGUCAUCCCCCCCCCCCACCUUUAUCUUUGUAUUUCCUUCUUAGGUUCCUGGUUGACGUUCUAGAAAUGCCACUGUCUCUGCCACUAACUUCAUACAUUACCUUAAAAUUUUUCUAUUUAAAUUAGUUUGUGUUUUCAAAUAAAGUGCUUUGCCUUGAUACCAAUCUGUGCCUUUAAAGUGCCACUAACAUGAUGACAGAUGCCUUUUAGAAGUCUUGCAAACUAUUGUAUGGCCAUUGGCAUCACUCUGUUAGUGUUAAAGAAGCUGCAUUUUCUUUGCACUAGCCCUACCCAGUUUUGUUUUUCUUCUUUUAAUGCUCAGCAGAAAACUGAAGAUGGUCACAACUUUCCGACCUUGUGCACAUUGCUUCUCUGGUCUAUUACCAUAGGGUACCGUAGCAGUGUCUUACAGACAUCUUUGAUGGCCAAUCAGCAGCAGUUAAAUUACCGUAAAUUUUUUAAAUGGAACUCUGACAGCCAAUAAGAAAUCCCGUGGGUGGGAACAGUAACAGCCCUUUGGCUUGUUUUUAAGAACAAUUCUAAAUUUUCAGUAUUCUGUUUUAGAAACACAUGAUUCCCUAGUGCAACUGCUAUGUGCAUUUGCCAGGCAUUUCCACGCCUUAGAGUUCCCCAUAGUUUGUAGUCUGAAUCUGACCCCUGUUCUGCUUCUCAAGGUAACUUUAAAACAGGAAGUGUACAAAAGAGGUAACUGAUGACGUGAACAGCCAAUCGUGGCUUUGUGUUCUUAGCCAAUAAAGCAGUUAAGCCAAUGGGACCACUGUGGAGGCAAGGUUUGGUGUCAAAUAGCAUGCUAGAUUGAAUGCCUUUGACUGUUAAAGUGGAAGGAGGCUGCAGGGCUUCAUUGGAGCCUCGGAGUUUUUCACUGAGGCAGGGGUCAGCUGAAAGACAAAGAAAAAUGGCGAAUAGUUUGUUGGGGGGUGGGAGGACAGCUGUUCGGGCUUUCACUGGAGUGGACAUUCCAGACUCAGGUUUCUGCAUCUCCUGCUGCCUUUUGUUUCCUCCGUCCUUUGGGGGGGAGGGAUAGGAGUGACUUAAAUUCUCCCAGUCCGAGGAGGUAUAAAUAACUACAUGUAAAAUUAAUGCAGUUCCCGUUGUCAAGAUGUCCACAGAAGGAGGAUUUGGUGGUACUAGCAGCAGUGAUGCCCAGCAAAGCCUACAGUCAUUCUGGCCUCGGGUCAUGGAAGAAAUCCGGAAUUUAACAGUGAAGGACUUCCGAGUGCAGGAACUCCCAUUGGCUCGUAUUAAGAAGAUUAUGAAACUGGAUGAAGAUGUGAAGAUGAUCAGUGCAGAAGCGCCUGUACUCUUUGCCAAGGCAGCCCAGAUUUUUAUCACAGAGUUGACUCUUCGAGCCUGGAUUCACACAGAAGAUAACAAGCGCCGGACUCUACAGAGAAAUGAUAUCGCCAUGGCAAUUACAAAAUUUGAUCAGUUUGAUUUUCUCAUCGAUAUUGUUCCAAGAGAUGAACUGAAACCUCCAAAGCGUCAGGAGGAGGUGCGCCAGUCUGUAACUCCUGCCGAGCCAGUCCAGUACUAUUUCACGCUGGCUCAGCAGCCCACCGCUGUCCAAGUCCAGGGCCAGCAGCAAGGCCAGCAGACCACCAGCUCCACGACCACCAUCCAGCCUGGGCAGAUCAUCAUCGCACAGCCUCAGCAGGGCCAGACCACGCCUGUGACAAUGCAGGUUGGAGAAGGUCAGCAGGUGCAGAUUGUCCAGGCCCAGCCACAGGGUCAAGCCCAGCAGGCCCAGAGUAGCACUGGACAGACCAUGCAGGUGAUGCAGCAGAUCAUCACUAACACGGGAGAGAUCCAGCAGAUCCCGGUGCAGCUUAACGCCGGCCAGCUGCAGUAUAUCCGCUUAGCCCAGCCUGUAUCAGGCACUCAAGUUGUGCAGGGACAGAUCCAGACACUUGCCACCAAUGCUCAACAGAUUACCCAGACAGAGGUCCAGCAAGGACAGCAGCAGUUCAGCCAGUUCACAGAUGGACAGAGGAACAGCGUGCAGCAAGCUCGAGUCUCUGAGCUAACGGGAGAGGCAGAGCCCAAAGAAGUGAAAGCCACAGGAAAUUCAACUCCCUGCACCUCUUCCCUGCCCACCACACACCCCCCCUCACACCGGGCUGGUGCCUCCUGUGUCUGCUGCUCCCAACCCCAGCAGAGCUCCACUUCCCCUCCUCCUUCUGACGCCUUGCAGUGGGUGGUGGUUGAGGUAUCUGGGACCCCCAACCAGCUCGAGACCCAUAGGGAGCUGCAUGCCCCUCUCCCAGGGGUGACCUCACUCUCUCCUCUCCACCCCUCGCAGCAGCUCUACCAGAUCCAGCAAGUCACCAUGCCUGCGGGCCAGGACCUCGCCCAGCCCAUGUUCAUCCAGUCAGCCAACCAGCCCUCCGACGGGCAGGCCCCCCAGGUGACCGGCGACUGAGGGCCUGAGCUGGCAAGGCCAAGGACACCCAACACAAUUUUUGCCAUACAGCCCCAGGCGAUGGGCACAGCCUUCCUCCCCAGAGGACCCGGCCGACCUCAGCGCCUCCUGCAGGCUAGGACACUGGUGCACUACGCCCCAUGCCUGGGGGCCAAGAUUCUCCAGCAGAAAGAUGCAAUAUUUUUUGUUUCCUUUUUUUCCCAUUUUUUUCUUCAAGGAAUCAAUAUUUCAAUAUGUUGAGCUGUGUGUCCAAUGCUAUGAAAUUAAAAUAUUAAAUAACAUAUUUAUGGCAUUUUC